AUUCUCCCGUUCUCUCCAAAACUUCAAAGAAUGUUUCCAGCUCUUUCCAAUUCUCAAUGUCAAACCCGGUUAAAUCCUCUGCAGCCGAUUUAACGCCCGAUCCGCUUCUCAAAUCCGGACUCUUCAUCGACGCCAAUGGCCAGAACCGAUCAUCUAAGCCGACAAACCCUCCCAAUGGUUCGAGUCCAUAUGGCGCCCAACCGGAGGCGCGCUCGUCGCCCUUGGCGGUAGCCAAGGGGAAGCGUCGAGUGGUGCCGCCAGAGACUUGGUUGCCUGCUGGAUGGUUGGUCGAAGAUAGGGUUCGGACCUCCGGUGCCACAGCUGGAACGGUUGAUAAGUAUUAUGUUGAUCCAUCCUCAGGGCGUAAAUUCAGAUCGAAGAAAGAAGUGCUUUACUUUAUAGAAACUGGAAUCACCCCAACUAAAAGGAAGAAAGGAAUGGAGACUUCUGGCACUGAAGAGGUUUCUACGGGUAUCUCUGCAGAUACCAAACAGAGGAAGUCUGAGAAAAAAACAAAGCCUUUGAACUUUGAUUUCACUAAUGUGCCUGAGAAAGUUGAUUGGUUGUUGACAAAUGCCUCUGUGGACUCGUGGACUCCCUUCCUUGGGGAUGAGCAAGUGCCCGAAUCUACUAGACAAGAUUGGGCUGCUGCAUUUACAUUCCUAACAGCCAGUAAUCGCAGAAAACCAAUGUUUUGAAUACAUUCUACAUCUGAUCAGGACAUCAUUAAACGUGGGAUUUCAUACUGACCAGAAAUGGGCUUUUUUUUUUUUCAUCUCCAUUCAGCUCUAAUCACUCAGGUCUUAUUAUCUUUGAUUGGAUUAGUUUCACACAGCAGUGAGGCUUAACAAGAGUUAGGACCUUCCUAGUUAUAGGUUAUAGGAUUGUUAUACAAUGAUGUAUAUUUUGUUCCGUUCCCCUUGUUCAUAUGUAACCUGUAGCUAGGCGUUCCUUUCAAAAUAGCUUUGUUCUUUUGAAACUCAAAACAGAUGGUUUUGUUUCAAUUUAGAAAAUGGAAUGCAGAGCAUUUUAUUUAUUUGGUU